CAUUUUUUCUGCAAAAUAAAAACUAAUUUCAAAUUUUGUUAAAGUUCCGACGUUUUCCGACUUUUAAACUAGUUCCUAGUCCUUGAUACUUUGACCUUCGUCCUCGGCAUUCAAGGCAAGAUGGCUGCGAGAGUGUUUGCAUUUCGUCCGGUUAUUUUUCAGCCGGCAUCAUGGUAAGACCGUAUUUAUUGACUUAAAACUAUGCUCUAUGUUUAAACCAAUAUUCCUUUCUAACUUUGUUCCUUUUCCCGGCUUGUUUUAGUGGCCCAGUGAGGAAUAUGGCCACGCUCAAAGAAAGUAAGUGCAACUGUACAAGUCACUCAGAUUUCAAUAUAUUUGAAAUAGUUUUGCUAUGUACAUCUGAACUUGGGUACAAUUCCUUUACUUUUGUACAUCAAAUUAAUAGCAAUAUGGUUUUCUGUGCAAAUUGUCUUUCUUGUUGUAUUAUUUGGGUAUUUUUAUAAAAUCUUUUAUUGAGAUAUUUUCUGGAAUAUAUUGUAUUUUUCUCUUAGUUUCAAUCCGACUAAAAAGUGUGAAAAAUAUUCAAAAGAUCACGAAAUCAAUGAAGAUGGUGUCUGCAGCUAAAUAUGCAAAGGCUGAGCGAGAGCUCAAACCGGCUAGGGCAUAUGGUGAAGGGGCCUAUGGUAGGUAGACCUGACCGGAAAGUUUGGAAAUUGUGCACUCGAGAUUUUGAAAUUUUCUCCGUGUUGGGAGUGUGGAUCUUUUCUGGAACAAUAGGCUAACCAUAAGAGUGUUUUUCUUUAGCUCUACCAGACAAAGCCGAGUUGGACGUUGAUGAGCAAAAGCCGAAUCAUUUGAUGGUACUGCUUUCCUCGGAUCGUGGUCUCUGUGGUGGUGUUCACUCAAGUUUGGCUAAAGCUGCAAAAGCGGCCAUUGCCGAACAGCCUAGCACUGUGAACACAAUGCUCAUACCAUGUGGCGACAAGGCCAGAACCAUUUUACAGAAAACUCAUGGUGGGUAGCUGUGGUGCUGUUACAGAUAUAACCACAGCCCCACAACAAUGUCCUUUCUCAUUAUCACACACACGUUUGCUAUUACCUUUAAGUGGCAAUGUGCCCAGAUUUUAAACCUUUAAGUGGCAAUGUGCCCAGAUUUUACUCUGUCUAAUGCCAGACGAUUUUACUCGUCAGGUGGAGAGUGCUGCCACUCAAUGGGUUAAUCCUGGUUUAUCAAAACACUAGAAUGCUCCAUAACAUAACUGCAUAUUUACUUAUGCAACAGAUCAUCCUGCACAGUGAAACUUAUUGUGAUCCAAAAAGUUUUCUAACAUUCAAAUCCCUCAUUUUAUAAACCAUCAAAAUGUCUCCCAUUUACACAGCAAAAUAUACUGUUGCUCUCCAUUACAUAAACAGCAAACCGGCUGAUAAACAGUAAACUGGCUUUUAAAUGAACUCCAGUGGUUUUGAUCAGAACUAUCUUAAAAAGUUAAAAACACUUUUUGGGGGCUGUAGCUACCUUGUUUUGGUAAUGAAACAUAACUAAAUUAGCCUUUCUCGCGUCGUCAUUUUUGGGGUACUGCCUUUUCCAAAUCUGAGAUUGUAUGCAGUGAAUAAGGGAUUUGUAUGACUAUAAUUGUGAGUUUAUACUCAAUAUAAGUUAAUUUACAGUUAAAUAUUUGAAAAAAUGUUUUCACAUCGCUUAGAUUUUUCACGUUGUUUUCAAAAAAGUACCCCAAAAAUGGUGAAUUUGGCCUUCGUUAGAAAGACUAAUUGGAUGCAUGAACUUGCUUUCUGUUUCAAAAUUUUCUUGCACAAUAUUCACAUUUGUAAAUUUCUUUAUACUAUAGAAACUUGUUGUUUUUAGGUAAAAACAUUUUAUUCCAUGUGUCUGAGUUGGGCAAGAAGCCCCCGACGUUUGCUGAUUCAUCCACCAUUGCACAGGAAAUUCUUGAUUGUGGUUAUGAAUUUGAUGUUGGAAAGAUUAUUUAUAAUAAGUUUCAGUAAGUGGUGAAAGAAUCAUUCAACAAAAUACCCACACACCUCUCAUGGAGGGUGGUUGAGGCUAAUACACCUUCCCCUUCAGACAUCCUAGUAGAUUUUACUGUUAUAGAAAGGCCAGGUGGAUUGCCCCCACAGAUGUUGAUCAUGAUGGUGAUGAUGAUGAUAUGAAUUUGAUGUUGGAAAGAUUAUUUAUAAUAAGUUUCAGUAAGUGGUGAAAGAAUCAUUCAACAAAAUACCCACACACCUCUCAUGGAGGGUGGUUGAGGCUAAUACACCUUCCCCUUCAGACAUCCUAGUAGAUUUUACUGUUAUAGAAAGGCCAGGUGGAUUGCCCCCACAGAUGUUGAUCAUGAUGGUGAUGAUGAUGAUGCACCUCUCAUGGAGGGUGGUUGAGGCUAAUACACCUUCCCCUUCAGACAUCCUAGUAGAUUUUACUGUUAUAGAAGGGCCAGGUGGAUUGCCCCCACAGAUGUUGAUGAUGAUGGUGAUGAUGAUAGUGAUGCACCUCUCAGGAGGGUGGUUGAGGCUAAUACACCUUCCCCUUCAGACAUCCUAGUAGAUUUUACUGUUAUAGAAGGACCAGGUGGAUUGCCCCCACAGAUGUUGAUCAUGAUGGUGAUCAUGAUGGUGAUGCACCUCUCAUGGAGGGUGGUUGAGGCUAAUACACCUCCCCCUUCAGACAUCCUAGUAGAUUUUACUGUUAUAGAAGGGCCAGGUGUAUUGCCCCCACAGAUGCUGAUGAUGAUGCACCUUUCAUGGAGGGUGGUUGAGGCUAAUACACCUUCCCCUUCAGACAUCCUAGUAGAUUUUACUGUUAUAGAAGGGCCAGGUGAAUUGCCCCCACAGAUGCUGAUGAUGAUGCACCUCCAUGGAGGGUGGUUGAGGCUAAUACACCUUCCCCUUCAGACAUCCCAGUAGAUUUUACUGUUACAGAAGGGCCAGGUGGAUUGCACCCACAGAUGGUGAUUAUGGUAUUGAUGAUGAAGAUGGUGGUGGUGAUGAUGAUGAAGAUGGUGGUGGUGAUGAUGAUGAUGGUGGUGAUGAUGAUGGUGGUGGUGACUGGUGAUGGUAGAGUUGAUUGCAAUGAUGAUAGUAAUGUAAAGUGAUGGUAUUAAUUAAACAGUGGAAGUAUGUAAUGUUCAUGUCUGUAUAUGUUCCUAGGUCUGUUGUUGCAUAUGAAACACAAAUGAAACCAAUGUAUUCUUUCGAGACCUUAAAUACUGCAGGUUUGUCUCAUCUACACAUACACAGUUAUAUUUAACACGUUUUACUAUCAAACACUAUCCGUUUCUUAAAUAUUCUAAAUCUACAGUAUCACAACACCCAUAUUCUUUUCCCCGCAGAAACUCUGAGCAUAUACGAUGAUGUUGACGCAGACAUUAUGAGAAACUACCAAGAGUUCACUCUCGCCUCCAUGGUGUUCUUUGGUAUGAAGGAACAGUCAUGUAGUGAACAGAGUGCAAGAAUGACAGCUAUGGACGGCGCUAGUAAGAAUGCAGGUAUCUGAAGCAGGCUUUAUGCUGCCUUGUGCACGAUUUGCUAAUAACUGUGAUCAAUGAUUUGUUGGAAAAAGUAUGAUAGCAGCUGACAUGUUGCUUCUUGAUAACAACUUGUGACAAUCUUGAUAUCGAGAUUAUCAACUUCAUGACAGACAACUUGUGAAAUUAUGUGAUUGUGGUAGUGAUUAUGGUGGUGGUGGUGAUGAUGGUGUUGAUGAUGAUGAUAGUGAUUAUGGUGUUGAUGAUGAUAGUGAUUAUGGUGGUGGUGAUGAUGAUUAUGGUGAUGAUGAUAGUGAUUAUGGUGUUGAUGAUGAUGAUUAUCGAGAUUAUCAACUUCAUGACAGACAACUUGUGAAAUUAUGUGAUUGUGGUAGUGAUUAUGGUGGUGGUGGUGAUGAUGGUGUUGAUGAUGAUGAUAGUGAUUAUGGUGUUGAUGAUGAUAGUGAUUAUGGUGGUGGUGAUGAUUGAUUAUGGUGGUGGUGAUGAUGAUUAUGGUGAUGAUGAUAGUGAUUAUGGUGUUGAUGAUGAUGAUAGUGAUUAUGGUGUUGAUGAUGAUGAUAGUGAUUAUGGUGGAUGAUGAUAGUGAUUAUGGUGUUGAUGAUGAUGAUGUGAUUAUGGUGUUGAUGAUGAUAAUAGUGAUUAUGGUGUUGAUGAUGAUGAUAGUGAUUAUGGUGUUGAUGAUGAUGAUAGUGAUUAUGGUGGUGAUGAUAGUGAUUAUGGUGUUGAUGAUGAUGAUAGUGAUUAUGGUGUUGAUGAUGAUAAUAGUGAUUAUGGUGUUGAUGAUGAUGAUAGUGAUUAUGGUGUUGAUGAUGAUGAUAGUGAUUAUGGUGUUGAUGAUGAUGAUAGUGAUUAUGGUGUUGAUGAUGAUGAUAGUGAUUAUGGUGGUGAUGAUGAUAAUAGUGAUUAUGGUGGUGAUGAUGAUGAUAGUGAUAAUGGUGGUGAUGAUGAUGAUAGUGAUUAUGGUGGUGAUGAUGAUAAUAGUGAUUAUGGUGGUGAUGAUGAUAAUAGUGAUUAUGGUGGUGAUGAUGAUAGUGAUUAUGGUGGUGAUGAUGAUAAUAGUGAUUAUGGUGGUGAUGAUGAUAAUAGUGAUUAUGGUGUUGAUGAUGGUGAUGAUGAUAAUAGUGAUUUUGGCGCUUAAUAGAUAUAUCUCUUUUUCAUUUCAGGCGAAAUGAUCGACAAAUUAACGUUGACAUUCAACCGUACUCGUCAAGCUGUGAUUACAAGAGAGUUGAUCGAGAUUAUGUCCGGAGCGGCAGCUUUGGAGUAGAGACAUUAUUUUGUUUUAAAGCGUGUUAGCCAUUGUUACACAAAUAAAUUGUUUUCAAUAUUA